AUGGCGCAAGAUGAGGAAUUAGAAGUCAAGGAUUUUAUUAGGAAUAAUGAGUGGGAUGUGGACAAGCUGAGAUCUGUUAUUUCAGAGGAGAUGGUACAACAUAUAGUUAUGAACAUCAAGGCCAGAAGUAAGGUAGAUGACAGUGAUAAAGCUUGGUGGGUACGUAGCACUAAUGGUUUUUUCACUGUCAAGUCAGCAUAUCAAACAAUGAGAAGCAAAAGGGCAGAGAAAGAAUGGAGCAAGUUUAUGUGUAUAAAGGGGUUACCUUUCAAGAUUGGAUUUUUCUUAUGGAGGGUAUUUGAUGCGAUGGAGCAGGUUUGCAUAUGGAAUGCUAUGAUUUCUUCCCUAGCAUUAAUGAUGAAUUCGGGGUUGCAACACAAUGAGAUUGCCUUCGUGGCAGUUCUAUCAACUUUAUCACAUGAAUUCGGACUUGCAGCUAAGAUGAAACAUUAUGGCUGUGUGGUUGAUCUACUGCAGGAAGCUUACGACUUCAUAAAGAAGAUGCCUUUUGAAGCUGAUGCUACUGUCUUGGGUGCUUGUAGACUUGGUGGAGCAAUUGAGUUGGGAAAUGAAGUAGCACAACUAUUGCUUGAGUCGAAACAGAAUCAUUCUGGCCGUUAUGUUUAA